AUGUUCGAUCAUCAAACACUUUCCAUGCCCGAUGAAUUCAUGUCACCUAUCUUUACACAUGAUAAUGAUGCUUUUAAUCAUGGUCAUCACGAAUCGUCAGAUAGACAAUAUAAUCCAGCAAAUGACCAUGGCACUCAAUAUGCAACAACUGUGGUUCAGAAUAUGUUUUCUGAUACCGAUAAGAUUGAACUUCCAGCUUCAGUGAUGAAUUUUCUGGAUGAUUUUCAGAACUUACCAACACCACAAUCAUUUUCAAAUCUAUUCGAAGAUGCUUAG